UCUCAUUGCCAUUCUAAGCCCAUAUCCGUGUCUCCGAUUUUUUUUGGGUGGGCGAUGUUUUCGGAGCCGUCGAGAGCUCUGCUUCACGUAGUGCAUUGAUCCUUGAACCUUUUAACUCUAGGGUAUCUUAAAUAAAUUAAUAUUAGCUGCACAGACCAUGGAUAGCAACGACUUCACAGAGGGUACUUUCGUCGUCGACGAAGUUAGCAGCAUCAUUAAGGAGGCGAUGGAGACGAUCAUCGGAGGAAAUAUUUAUCAACACAGCAAGGUGCCUCAGUGGACGAACACCACCGUGGAGCAUAUUCUGGGUCAGCUGACGAAAAUGAACAAGCCGUUCAAGUAUAUCGUCACGUGCGUCAUCAUGGAAAAGAACGGUGCCGGCCUUCACACUGCAACGUCGUGCUACUGGGACAACACAACCGAUGGGAGUUGCACUGUGAGAUGGGAAAACAAGACCAUGUACUGCAUAGUCUCAGUGUUUGGUUUGGCCAUUUAGUUUAUAAACCUGCUGCCUUGCUGAGGCAACAAUACUGACACAACUGCAAAACACUAGUUUCUUAUUUUAUUGUCCACCAUCGACUGCUGCAUCCUUAAGGAAGCCAAAUGUUGAGCUUGAAGGGACCAUUUAGUUCUGUGUAUUUCAAAUGGGAGGUGUAUAUGAGGACAACUUACCUGCACAUCUAAACUCUGAGUGCAGGAAAUACCGUGGAAUUUGUUUACAUGAGCUGAAAAUCUAUUGGCUAAUGAGAGUAUGGUAUUUAUUUGCAGUACUUGUCCCAACUCAAGUGUUCUCUGUUGAAAAUGGGCACAAGAGCUACUUGAAAAUUUGCAAGUCCUGCAACUUUCAAUUUAUAAUAUGAUUUCUUUCAAUCUUCUUAUUUAAAUUUUUUUUUUUGUAUGAAAGAGUUUUUGGGUUCUUUAAAGCCGUAUAAUUUAAUAGAUGCAUCACACAUUUGCAGAAAAUGAAGAAAUAAAUUAUUCUGGUUUUUGUUUUUCCCCCAAGAACUUUUUUUUUCUGUAAACCAGAAUUGAAAAGAAUCUGUUGCCUCAUUCCGAAAAUUGUGCCAUUAAAAAAGUUUUGAAAAUAAUUUGUCUUUAAAUUUGAAGAAAAGCAUACCCUCUUAUACUGACGAGCUUAUUAUGUUUUGCGGCAGAUAAAACUAUUUAAUACUUUUUCUUAGUGGAAUGUUUCAGGUGAAGUCCUUAUUCAUAGUGGGGUGGCUAUCGUUUUUGCAUAUUUACUUCUCGUUUAAUUGCCGCAACAUGCUUCGUAUCGUGCAACCGACUCCUCGGAAACAUUAAAUGAGAUGUGUUGAGCUAAAAGGUGGUUAUUCUGCAAGCAGUGAACUUCACUCUUCCACUUGUCUUUAGCGUUCCUGAACUCUCACUGUGACUGGCCUGCUGUAUCUAUGUUUUGCAAGCACCCCAUUCACUUCCCUUAAAAAGAAAACAAAAAAACUGAACUUUGGAAAAUAAAUCUUUUUCUGCUUUUC